CAUCUUUUGGUGUUUGCUACUUCUCUCGAUAACAAUAAUUACUCCUGACAGAUCAAAAAUCCGAAAGCAGAUUGACAUCGAAUAAUCCUUGCCAUAUACCGAUAUGAGGCUGUUGCUGUUAGCCAGCCUCUUAUCUCUGCUGAGCACAGUGCUCGCCGCAGCAGAGAAAAAAGAUGCAGGGGCUGCGAAGCAACGGGUCGUGGAAGUAUUUGGGUGGAGUCAGUUUGAUUUCAACUACCCUAGCGAGGAGCAGAGACAGGAAGCUCUGAAAAAUGGUUCUUUUGUGCCGUCCGCCGCUGUUCCAACAGGUAUUCACGCAGCCGGAAAUCGCGUGUUCGUGAGUCUGCCUCGCUGGAAGAGCGGAGUGCCGGCAACCCUGGCCUACGCUGAGUACCCUGACGCAAAGGGCGAGCGUUCGCCGCGGCUCAACCCCUAUCCCAGCUGGGAACUGAGCAGGGAGGGCAACUGCGAUGGGCUGACCUCGGUGUUCAGGGUGUUUAUCGACGAAUGCAACAGGUUGUGGGCCAUCGACACUGGUUGGUCGUCCUCGUGGCUCGUGCCUAACCGCAUCUGCCCUGUAAAGGUUAUGGCAAUCGACCUAAAAACCGAUAAAGUUGUCCUGCAAUACGUCCUUCCGAAGCACGUGUUGAAAAGUGAUGCCCUUCCGGCAAACAUACAGGUGGAAUUUCCUAAGGGCGGUUGCAAAAACCCGAAACAAGCGUUCCUCUACAUCGCCGACACAGUGGCCUACUCCAUCAUUGUGGCAGACAUGUCCACCGGUGACGCUUGGCGUGUUACAGACAAAACUGUCUAUCCGAAUCCCGAAUGGACCACUUUCCACGUUGGUGGACAAACCUUUGACUUGACGGAUGGCGUCAUGGGAAUGGCUUUAGGUCCGCGUAUGGCUAACGGAGACCGUGAAUUAUAUUUCUCGGCGAUGGGCGGUGACAUGCAGCAUUGGGUGAAAACGUCGAUAUUGCGAGACAAGAAGAAGGCCAAAAAUUCCCCUAAUGCUUUUAAGACGGGCCUCAAGUCCAGGCAGAGCCAAACUGCUGGCUACGCCAUGGACAAAAACGGCGUUAUGAUAUUUGGUUUGCUCAAUUCGGACGCUCUCGUUUGCUGGAACUCAAAAAGUCCAUUUGAACCGAGGAAUUUCGGCUACCUCGCGCAGGACAAGACGGCAAUGCAGUUUCUCGUCUCCGUCGUGAUCGACAAUAUUAAAAGAGUGUGGGCUCUCUCUGCUAGGAUUCAGCAGUUUGUUUUGGACACCAUUGACCCAAACGAUGUCAACUUCAGGGUUUUCAUGAGUCCAUCUGUGAAACAAGCGAUUGAGGGCACCGUUUGUGACGCCCAUGGAAAAUAAUUCGGAUGCCGGAACAAAAAUUGACCUCAGAUUCUGAAUCAGCGCAAAAUAUUGGUCUAGAAAUCACAUUUGCAUGAUGAGAAGUUUCGAAACUUUUUUCCAAAAAUUGGUUUAAAAUGAGAUUCCCAUAAGAAACUGUUUUGGUGCAGCGACGAAACCACUCGUCUGAAAGGGUUGAAAAUUUCACUAUCAAAACUUCUACAGUUUCUGACCGGCGAGCCGUUGUAAUUUCGAUCACACCCCAACCACUCUUUUCAGGGUGGUCAGUUAUUUUGGAACGUUGAAUAUAUAAUUGUUUAUUCUAAUCUAACAAUAAUAGUCAUAAUAAAAAUAAUUGCGAGCACGAAAAGAUCUCUCCCAAAUGCGCCUACGUGAAGCUGUGCAAGCAACCUGUCGAAUAGUCCGAGCAGGAAGUCAGAAUGGGCUACGACACACAUGGUCUUCUGUGAGUAGUGCGUGAAGAAACACGACAAGUGUCAAAGUGCUAAGGGAUUUAAUGAAAUUGAAAAAAAGAUUUUUAGAGUGGUAUUUUAUUGAUUUUAAUCGCUGAAGUGAACAGCUUUCCGUUGAAGAACUCAUAGCCCCUUGAAUUAUAGGAUUUACAGUUUUACUCUUUGAUAUAUUUAAUGUUAAACCUCCCCUAUAGUAACCCUGAUUUCAUUUUUACAUUUAAAAAGAGAUUUUAACCGAUCCAGCAUAUAGCCCCUUAUAUAUUCAAACGGGAAAAUUCUGUUGGUGUAUUGAAAAGAUAUUUCGUAAAAAUUUGUACUAAUAUUUUAUUUAGUAUACAUAUCGUAGUUUGGUCAAAAAUAUUUUGAUCACUGGAUCAUUUAUUCAAAAUGAGUAAUUUUAUCAAGGAUGAAGAUAAUAUUUAUUUGUCUCAACUCAAUUAGGUAUGAAUAAAUUUAUUAUUAAUUUACAACCCA